GUGUGUGCAGCGCUUUAUUUUCGCUCAAACUGACGCUGCAACCUGCCACUGAGCAGACACACACACGGAGGGAAUAAUUGUUUUAUGACCGGGCUAAACAUUGUUAAACCUGAUAAUGUUCUGCUUUCAGUAGCGGCAGGACAUGUUGGAAAGAAGAAGUGUGUGUGACCAUGCGGGGAUGAAGAAGUGCUGCUGCUGACUUUUGCUAUUGGGUUUCUCGGGGCGCUGCUGCUAAUACUGCUGCUGCUGCUGCUGUCAUGGCUUUGUGGGAGUGACGCGAAAGUUUUUUUCUUGGGGAGGAUUUUACUCGCUUGAAAUAGUCCAGCUGAGGCUCAGACUCCUUAGACGGUUCAGUUGCAUCUAGAUUUAGUAUGAGAAAAAAAAACCAUGUGAUUUCCCUGCUGGAGGUUUGAUUUAAUUGAUCAUUUGAGUGGACUGUCGAGAGUCUGCAAACUCGGGAGAGUGUGGAGAUGAACUUUGGAAAUCUACUUAUUGUGACUGUCUCAUUCAUCACCACCGCAUCAGGGUCCCGGGCUCGGUUUGAAGACAGCGCACCUCGGAUUGUGGAGGACCCCUCGGAUUUGAUCGUGUCCAAGGGGGAGCCUGCCACUCUCAACUGCAAGGCAGAGGGCAGACCCCUUCCCAGCAUAGAAUGGUAUAAGGAUGGCGAGCGUGUGGAAACGGACAAAGAUGACCCCCGAUCUCACCGCAUGCUCCUGCCCAGCGGCUCCCUCUUCUUCUUGCGCAUUGUGCACGGACGCCGGAGCAAACCAGACGAGGGCGCCUACACCUGUGUGGCCCGCAACUACCUGGGAGAAGCCAUUAGUCGCAAUGCUUCACUAGACGUUGCCAUCCUGAGAGAUGAUUUCCGGCAGGCCCCGAGCGAUGUGGUGGUGGCUGCUGGAGAGCCUGCAGUGUUGGAGUGUGUGCCUCCACGUGGUCACCCCGAGCCCACUGUGGCUUGGAAACGCAACAACGUCCGAGUCAGCCCCAAGGAUGACCGCAUCUCGAUGCGUGGGGGCAAACUGAUGAUCUCUCACACCAGGAAGAGCGAUGCUGGCAUGUACGUCUGCGUGGGCACCAACAUGGUGGGAGAGAGGGACAGCGAUCCUGCAGAGCUGGUGGUGUAUGAGCGUCCUGUGUUGGUCCGGAGGCCGGUGAACCAGGUGGUCAUGGAGGAAGAGACGGUCGACUUCCUGUGUGAGGUGCAUGGGGAUCCCCCCCCCACUGUCCGAUGGCGGCGAGAGGAAGGAGAGCUUCCCCGCGGGAGGUUUGAAAUCCGCAACGGCAACGGUCUCCGUUUGUUCCGCGUGAAAGAGGAGGAUGAAGGGACGUAUACCUGCACAUCUGAGAACAGUGUGGGGAAGACGGAGGCCUCGGCCAUGUUGCAGAUCCACGUCGGCCCACUCCUACCACCUCAGAUUGAGUCAAAGCCAAGAGACCAGAUUGCCAGCCAGGGCCGGAGCGUCACCUUCGAAUGUGGCACAACAGGAAACCCUCCACCUGCAAUCUUCUGGCAGAAAGAGGGCAGCCAGAUGUUGCUGUUCCCCGGCCAGCCCCCAUCACAGUCUGGCCGUUACUCUGUCUCCAUGAGCGGAGAGCUGACCAUCGCUGACGUGCACCCCGAGGACUCUGGUUUCUACAUCUGCCAGGCCAUCAGUGUAGCAGGAAGUGUGUUGACCAAGGCACUGCUGGAGGUGGAGGGAGGUCCUUCAGGUCGUGUCCCGCCUAUCAUUCGCCAAGGACCAGCCAAUCAGACGGUAUCUCGCGGUGCAACGGCGCAGCUGCAUUGCCGUGUAAUCGGAGGGUCCUCAGUCAAGAUUGCAUGGGAGAAGGAUGGAGAGAGACUUCUGGGAAAUAAACCCCGACUGACCUUGAUGGAUAAUGGCACUUUGCAAAUCACAGACAUAAAGGAAACAGACUCGGGGAUGUACACAUGCGCAGUAUCCAGCGCCACAGGGGAGUCGAGCUGGAGUGGGAUGCUGACUGUCAGAGAGGAGGGAGUUUUCUCUUUAUCCAGAGCUUCUGAGUUCAUCCAGCUUCCGGGGCCUCCGCAGAAGCCUGUAGUGACGGACGUGACCAAAAACACCGUCACCCUCACCUGGCAGUCCAACCCUCACGAAGGCGGGGCCGCUGUCACCUCCUACAUCAUCGAGGCCUUCAGCCAAUCAGUGGGCAGCAUGUGGCAAACGGUGGCGGACCACGUGAAGCAGGAGAGGCACACAGUCAUCGGACUCUUCCCCAACACCGUUUAUCUCUUUAUCGUCCGAGCAGUCAACUCUUACGGCCUCAGUGACCCCAGCCCCAUCUCAGAGCCUGUCAGGACGCAGGAUGGGAGCCCUACAGAGCAGGGUGUGGACCACAGACAGGUGCAGAGAGAGUUAGGGGAAGUGUCUGUCUACCUGCAGAAGCCUGCGGUUCUGUCUCCUUCCAGCGCCAGGAUUUCUUGGACUGUUGCCUUCCAGUCUCGCUACGUUCAGGGUUAUCGUAUAUUUUACCGAACAAUCGGCAGCCCCUGGUUGGUUCAGGAUGUGGAGGCCACGUCUGACCACAGCACCAUCUUAGUAGAUCUGUACAGCAGCACGGAGUAUGAGGUCAAGAUACGGCCGUACUUCAAUGAGUUACAGGGACACGACAGCCUCAUGAUCCUGCUGCGAACGCCUGAAGAGGUUUUAAGUGCACCUCCACAGGCUGUAUCAGUGGUUCAGCUUACUGACAGCUCCAGUAUCAGUGUGUCCUGGGAUCCUCCGCCUCAUAAUACUCAGAGCGGUAUCAUUCGAGAGUACAAGGUGUGGUGUCUGGGCAGCAGCAUGGAGCAGGAGCACCAGAUAAACCGGACAGUAGACGGAGAGGUGCUGUCCAUCCUGCUGACCGGCCUGAUGCCUGACGUCCCCUACACCGUGGUGCUGGCUGCUGUCACCAGCCUGGGUGUGGGGGCCCACAGCCCACCUGUCAGCCUGCUUAUUACUCUUCCUCUGGACAAGUCUUCUACGUCUGUGAAGAAAGAUGGUAGCCUCAGCAUAUCGGAGCAGAUCACCAGCGUAGUCCGGCAGCCGGCCUUCAUCGCGGGGCUGGGUGUGGCUGCGUGGCUGGUGCUGACGGGCUUCAGCGGCUGGCUGUACUGCCGCCACCGCCGGAGGAAGCAGCUGGGACACUACACCACAUCCUUUGCAUACACACCAGCAGUUGGCUUCGCUCACAGUGAAGGAUCUGGACUCAAUGGAGGGCCUGGCUUGUUAGGGUCUAACAUGGGCAACUACCCCUGGCUGGCUGACUCUUGGCCCAAUCCCAACCUCACUCACAGCAAAGACUCUGUCAACUACUGCUCGGGAAAACUGGACUCAGACAGAUAUUAUAACGAAAUCGGCAUCAUGAACUACCCAAACCAUACAGCGAAACACAGCACGGGUUCCAACGACAGUCCCAUCUACAGCACCAUCAACCCCACCGCUGAGGACGACCUACUGGCGUACUACGACACCUACUCCAGCGCGUCCUUCAACAAGGGCCCGGACCCCUACUGCAGCAACCCCAUCCUGUCAAACAAUGGCCUCGUGGGUCUGGAGCUGGACCUGGACCAGUGGACCAUCCAGUCCGGCCAGUCUGGGUCUGAAUAUGCCAAGCUUCAGUAUUCAAAGAAAAACACCGAUAAACUGGUAAAGCAGAGGUCAGCGGGGUCUUCGUCAAAGUCAGCUCCUCUCACCUGGGUGGAUGUUUUGUCGCUGCCUCUUCCUGCCCACAAAGAGAGAGGUCUCGCCAAGACAGACAGAGAGGAGAUGCCACACAGCUCUGAGGAGGAAGACGAGAACUGGUGUCCUCCGCUGCCUGCCAGAACCUACCUGAUGGACGCUUCCAGGGAGGAGCUGUCCGGCCUGCCCUCCAAACCAGACGAGCCUUUCCUCUCAGAAACACUGAUGUCUUCCCCGCAGCGAGACACACUCCAGCCCAGCGACAUCGCACGGCUGCAGCACUUUGACCUCUUGGCCCGUCAGCACUCCGAGGUCUCCCAGUCCAACCCAAAUCUGUUCACCAACACCAAGGCCCAUGUUCCCGGGAAGGUGUACCACACCAGCCAAUGGGCGGAAGACUUCAAGGGGGAAAGCCUCGGAAAAGGACAAUGUCCUGCUCCAGCUGCCGAGUUGAGCCCCCCAGCCCCAGCACACAGAUCCAGGGGUAAGAAGAAAACAUCCAAGGAUGGACAACUCAGGCGAGAGCUAAAUAGUCAAGCAGAACUUCCCGCUCCACCAGCCCCUCCCCCUACAGAUGACUCCUUGCAGCCAGACGCUGAAAAAGAAGAGGGGAGCGACUCGCCUACUCUACAGAGGAGGGGAGAACAUUUCUCACCCCAGAGGAGAGGAGCUACAAAGUGGUCACCACAGGAGGAGAAUGUAAUCCCAUACGGACAGUCCGGCUUCGUGCCCCAGGUCCAGAUGUCAGGCUACGGUUCCCUGGGUGGAGGAGUCCUUUCGCGACCCUACACCGCAGGCCGGAAGAGAGAUGAGAACCUCAUGUAGACAGACUCCAGCUUCAUGACCACACAUCCUCCUCUUUUCUCCCUGAUUUCCUGUCUUUGUGCACCAUCAAUCUGUUGCCAUGGCAUCUUAUGAGAAACUGAAGACUAAAGGGAAAUUAUCAAGGCUUGCCAUCUGCCUUUUCAUGAACUAUUUUUGUUUUAUCUUGAUGAUAUCAUCAUUAACUCUUGUGAUUUCUUCACCCUCUCUCCGUGUUUUUAAAUGUGAUCAGAUGUAUCAUUUAAGAUGGAUUUCGGGUUUAAAAAAUAUUGUAUUUUUAAGUAAUGGGAAGUUGAAGAAAAUAUAACAUUAUUGUACAGCACAUUAAUGAAUGUAUCUGUUUACCCCUGACCAUGAAACCAUGAUAAUGCGCGUGUUUGAUAAAAGACUGGAGAAGACGUGAGGCAGAAAAUGUGUUACCAUCACGUGUGUGUGUGUGUGUGUGUGUGUGUGUGUGUGUGUGUGUGUGUGUGUGUGUGUGUGUGUGUGUGUGUGUGUGUGUGUGUGUGUGUGUGUGUGUGUGUGUGUGUGUGUGUGUGUGUGUGUGUGUGUGUGUGUGUGUGUGUGUGUGUUGUUUCUCUCAUUUCAGUGUGACUGUACUGUGUUGUCCCUGUAGAUCACCAGUGUGUUAGUUCUGUCAACAUUUUUAAACUGACCAAUAAAACAUUUAUUAGAAAAUG